AUGGCUGGAAUAAAAGGUUUGGUGUCGUUGGCAUUCGCGGGUUCAAUUGGAAUGACAUUUGUCAUACUAGCUUGUGCCUUACCACAAUACAAACUAUGGUGGCCAUUCUUCGUUGUGCUAUUCUACAUUCUGUGCCCAAUACCUACGAUGAUCGCUAGGAGGCAUACUGAUGGUGCUGGAGGUUCAAAUUCCGCUUGUAUGGAAACUGCAGUAUUUAUCACAAUGGGAUUUUUAGUCAGCUCUUUUGCGCUACCGAUAGUUCUCGCCAGGGCUAGUGUGAUUUUUUGGGGUGCAUGUUACCUUACACUGGCCGGUAACGUGAUCGUAUAUCUGACGAUCUUGGGUUUCUUCACCAUCUUUGACAUGGACGACUCCGAUUAUGCGAUGUGGUGAGAAAUCUAGAAUCUUUUGAAAAGAAAGGGACGAUCGAUCGUAUUUGCAACGUAAGAUAGUUUGGUGGUUUUUUUUUUUUCGUACGUUUCUAAUUUAAGUCUGAAGUUUGAUACUGAUAGUGUAAUUGUAAUCCAAAUAAAUACGAUUGUUGAAUUGACGUGUAUUUGUAAUCGAUUGUUGAGCUUUGUAUAGUAAGUAACCAUAUUAUAAAAUCGAGAUAAUAUUCGCCAGUUCAACUUUUUUUUCCCUAACAAAUAAUUGGUAAAAUAAGGGGCUAUUUCAUCUAAGGACGGACGGAUAGGUGAAUUCAACUAUUUACUUAUUUAAUAAAAGAGAUAACCGGAAUUUGGCAGGAAACUGAAGUUUCAAAGUACAGUAAGUAGGGUAAUAGGUUGUGGUAGGCCAUAGACUUCGCGCCGUUUGUGCGAUUUGCUAGUUUAAUCAUUAAAUCCAUUCAAUUAUGAAGUCUGUUUUGUACUGACCUUUUGGAAAUACUAAUGCUGGCCUACUCUAUGAUUAAAAGUUUGUGUUUGAAUUGUUGUUCAAAAUUUGCGUUUUGUUGUUGCAUGACAUAACCUAUGAUGUUAGUUUGAGUUACAUAACAUUUUCAGCUAUAGGUGAUAAAUCUUUAGUCCAAUAAUUAAACUACACGACUAAAAAUAAAUUCUAAAAUGUUUUGGAUUUAUCUAUACAACGUUCUAUUAAUUCACUGAUCAUUUAUUUAAUAUUUAUCGUUUCUUAUAUUAUCAAAUUAUACAGAAGUGUCAUUAAAAGAGAAAACGAAACAAAUUAAAAAAUAUAUUUAUAUUUAUAUAUAAAUUAUUAAUGGUUGAUUUGUUUGUUCGGUCAAUAAAGAAACCCUAGAUUGUUUUGCAGGAAUUUUAUAUUGUCAGUAUUUUAGAUGUGUAUCAGUAAUUCUUUUGGUUUUGAGAUUGAAGACCCAAUGCUGUAGAGAGAAGCCAUCGCCACUAUAUCUUCUAUAUAAAACCGUCAUCAAAAAUAACCUAAUUUAAUAAUAAUUCCAAAUAACGUUUCAUACUUGUCUUAUGAAUAAGAAGAUUAUUACCUAAUGUUAAAAAAUGAUAUAAAAAGAUAUUUUUUUAACGAUAAAUGUAGAAAGUACUAAUAAAUGUACAAUUUUAUUUACGUAUGUAGGUACAUACUGUAAUCGUUGCGUUAAUAUUAUUAGUGAUUAAUUUAAUUAAUAAUAUCAUUCAGUGUCGCUUAAUUUACCAAUAUUAUUAUAUAUUAUUCAAUUUAUUAA